AUGGCUGCCGAUGUACGACGAAGAGGAAAAAAUGAUAAGCUUCAUCGAUCUCUACUUCUGUAUCUGUAUCUACUGAUGAUGUUUCUAGAUCUUCAUUCGUUUGUGAAGUCUGUAACUCUUGUUCUAGCUGCUAUGGUACUGAUAUCAUUUGCUUGUCAUGUAGUUACUAAGAAGGCUGACCCCAAGGUGCUGGCUAACAAAGCUUCCAAGGAUGUCAAAGCUGGAGCAUCAACCAUUAAGAAGAAGGUUAAGAACAUCUGCACAUCAGUCAAAUUUCACAGGCCAAAGACAUUGCAGAAGGCAAGGAAUCCCAAGUACCCAUGUAUUCGUGCACUACCAAGGAACAAGCUUGACCAUUACCAGAUGCUGAAAUACCCACUCACCACCGAGUCCGAAAUGAAGAAGAUUGAAGACAACAACAAGAAGAAAACAAGGAUGCUUUCAAGAAGAUGUACAACAUCCAGACAGAUAAAGUGA